CAGGACUGGAGGGAGGCCAGUGGAAGUUAGACUGUGGUGAUGUUAACACGGCUUGUGAACGUUCACCUUCCUUCCACCAGAAGCGCAAACGGCAACAGGUGGAAGGGAGUGAUCAAAAUGCCACGAAAACCACGACUCCCUGCUCUCCUCGCCUACGUCUUCCUCAUCUCCCUCGUCCUCCUGCUGUACGUGACCGCCAGGGGACCACAGCAGGAGACAGAGGGCGUGGCGGAGUCCUGGGGCGCUGGUGGGACGGGGGAGGAGGGAAGGGCGCAAGCAGAAGCAGGAAGAAGCGUGAAGAAGAGAGGAAGGAACAAGGAACUGCCAGCCAACCCUCAUGAUUACCAUAUGAUGAUUAACAAGGCGAAUCUGUGCGCUGGUGAAGAGGCGAUAUGGCUCUUGGUGAUGGUGAGCUCAGCCGUACCAAACUUCUUGAGACGGCGUGCGAUUCGUGACACCUGGGGAAGCAGUGGCGCCUUGUCCCCGUCCAAUGCCAAGCUGGUGUUCCUGCUGGCCAACCCUAAUGACAGUGAGCUCCAGAGACAGGUCGUGGAGGAGUCAAGAACCUACGGGGAUAUACUACAAGAGGACUUUGUAGACUCAUACAUGAAUCUGACCCUGAAGAGUGUGAUGGGGCUGAAGUGGGCCUCUAAUUACUGCAGCCAAGCCCAGUACCUGCUGAAGACUGACGAUGAUAUAUUUGUGAACGUUCCUGUGUUGCUCACGUAUCUACAGGAGGCCUCCAAGACACGCUGGAUUACUGGUUGCAUCAAACAGAAGAAAGCCUUCCGCCCUGUCAACGCCGUGCCUGGAAUGCCCCUCCCCCCCGCUCAUCCCCCCUUCGUCGCCGGGGCAGGUUACGUCAUUUCCGGGGACUUGGUGAAGGAGAUGUACGAGGCGUCCCUGGAAACACGCCCCAUCCCGGUGGAGGACGUGUACAUUACAGCUCACCUGGGCAGGAAAGUCAACGCACAUCCACCUUUGCACGACGCGCGUUUUACCUGUGGCGAGAAGGUCAUGGAUGAUUGUGACUUGGCCCAGGCGUUCACGGGUCAUCACAUCGGGCCGGAGAAGAUGUACAGAGUGUGGGAGAAGCUCAACCCAAAUGGCAUCACUAGUCCUUGCUUUGAUUUCUAACGAGGCUCCCUAUUGCUGCAAAUUUUUGGGUUCCUCAUCUCUUAUUGGUGGAAAGUUUGGAGCUCAUCGUCUCUUAUUGGUGGAAAUUUUGGAGCUCAUCGUCUCUUAUUGGUGGAAAUUUUGGAGCUCAUCGUCUCUUAUUGGUGGAAAUUUUGCAGUUUCUCGUCUCCUAUUGGUGAAAGUUUUGGAGUUCCUCGUCUCUUAUUGGUGGAAAAUCUAGCUUCUUUGUCUCUAAUUGGUGGAAAAUCUAGCUUCCUUGUCUCUUAUUCGUGGAAACUUGCACCCUUCUUCUUCUAUUGGUGGAAAAUCUGGCUUUCUCAUCUUCUAUUGGUGUUUUUAUUUUGGGAUUCCUCGUCUCAUAAUAGUAGAAAAAUGGGCUUCUUCAUCUUCUAUUGGCAGAAAAUUUACCUUCCUCGUUUCUUAUUGGUGGAAAUGUGUGGCUCCUCAUUUCCUAUUGGUGAACGUUACAGUCUUCCUGUGUUGUGACUGGUAGAGCCUGUGAUGUGCCUGAGUUGUGAUUCCCUAGUGAUUCUGUCAGUGUGAGCUGUGACUGGUGUAGGUAAGGUGUUGUAAGGAGGGUCUUUUGUAUGUAAGACCGGAAAACUGGCCAAGGGCAUCAUAAUACUGAAAAAGAAAAAAAAUGCCCACUUAGUUGCCAGUCCCCUGCAGGUCUGAGAGAGUUAGCCAAAAUAAAGAGAUUAAUGCCUUGAAACCUCCCU